UUGACGCGAGCUUGUAGUCCUUAGUUGGAAAGGUGUUGGACGUGGAUGUGAUGUGGAAGAUGCAUCAAACAGAAGCGUGAAGAUGCACAAGAAGGAGGACGCUGCAGGUGUCCGCGGUCACGUGAUCUUUGCAGGUUGUGCUGAUCCUCCAGUAGCAGCAGUCGGUCCGCAUGCGUCUCCCAUGACUUGUCUUUGAAGAACCAGUGGUGCUGGUCCCGGACGGGAUGCCGCAGACAGCCAGUGGCCAUGACUGUGUUAGAGUUGUGGUUGUCACGCUCCAUCCCCAUGUGCCUGCUCCUCCAGAGUCUGGUACUCAUGGUCCUGUGUUUCCCUUCGGCCAGCAUGUGUCCCAGAGGCUGCAACUGUCAGCGCGACCUCCACCUUCAUGGGCUCAAUGUCAGCUGCAGUCAGUCCCGGCUCAAAGAGAUCCCUCCCAGCCUGCCGGUGGACACGGUCUUGUUGAGGCUGGACCACAACCAGAUAGACAGCGUUCCCGAUCAGGCUUUCCACGGACUUUGGCUUUUGAGAGAGCUCAACCUUUCCUACAAUACCGUGGAGACGCUCGGAGAUGGGGCGUUCAGUGGCGUCGAGGCAACGCUCCAAGUGCUGGACCUGUCCCAUAACCGCAUCACCAGUGUGCACAGGGAGGCCUUUUCCCGCCUCAAGGCUCGCGUUAUCAUGGACGAUAAUCCCUGGCACUGCGACUGCGCCCUCCAGCAGGCCAUCGGCGGGAUGGCCCACAACCACGAAUCCACCACUCGGGUUCUGUGCAGGAGCUCCGAGCUUCGGGACCAGGAGGGACGACCUUUCCUGGCAGUGGCCGGCGAUCUCUGCAACGUCGCCAAAAGGACAACGGACUACGCCAUGCUGGUGACCAUGUUCUGUUGGUUCGCCAUGGUCAUUUCCUACGUGGUCUACUACGUUCGUCAGAACCAGGAGGACGCCAGGCGACACCUGGAGUACCUCAAGUCUCUUCCCAGCAAGCCCAAGAAAGCAGAAGAGGCUGACGACAUAAGCACCGUGGUCUGAGGGGAGCCUCGGACCGGCCCGUCAAGACAAGGCUUCUUCCUGCAAACAUGGCUCGCUCCGUGGUCUUGAAUUUCACACUCGGCUUCGACAUGUACAGUCCGGCUUGAAAAAAACAAAUGAGGGUCAAACGGCA